AUGGGUUGUUUUCUUCAGUGUUUUGGUUUAUCCACUAAAAGAAAACGGAGAAAGACUCUCUACAAAGUCCUAGCUCGAGAAGACCAGAAGUAUGGAAACUAUGAAGUUCUUGCUAUAACAGAAAAAGCAAUUAUCCCUUAUUCUGAAUCCAGAGGUAGAGAUCAAGAGAAGGAGAAGAGUGGUGUUAAACCCAAGAAGAAGAAAGUUAGCUUUAAUUUGAAUUUACAGAUAUAUGAGGUAAACCCUAGUUCUUAUCAGGUGUUGGAGGAUGAGGAAGAAGAGGAUAAGGACACUGCUGUGGAAUCUGAGGGAAGGGUGUUGGGAGAUGGAUCUGAAGCUGUGAUAAUUCGAUACCCGUCGAAUCAUAGAUAUUAUAACUGUAGUUAUGAUCAGGAUGAAGAGGAUGAUAUGGUAUAUGAGGAAUCUGAUAUUGAUGAUGAGUUUGAUGAAGAGUAUGAUUGGGAUGAUGAUGACGAUGACGGUUAUGAAAGUUGCGAGAAUUAUGAAGUAUGUGAUGAAAACAGUAAACAGAAGGUGCUUUCUACGAAGGAUGAUGAGGUGAAAUCGAAUUCGAGUGGACGAGAGAGGAGCAUGAACAUGAAUUCUGUUCUGCAUCCGGUGGAGAAUCUAAGUCAGUGGAAAGCAAUCAAAGCAAAAGUUAUUUCAAGUAAAAACAGAAGAAAGGAAAAUGUUCCAUCAGAGGAAAAUACAAGCUCCAAAUUCUCACCUUGUAUCUUGGAAUCAAGUGAUCUUCAGUCGAAGCCUUUGUUGAAAGAAAUUGCGGUUGAUGCCAGUCUUUCAAACUGGUUGGUUUCUCCUAAUUAUAACGUUUCCAGUACAAUUCGUUGUCAAUGA